AUGGAUUUGUUUCAGAACAACAAAAGCAGUCUCACUUUCCGGACGAGUAAACGUCUUGCCCUUUUCAAAGGAGCCUUCCAGGAGCCUGGCAAUGAUGAGAAGGAGAAGGUGCCACGCUGUGUCUGGGCUAUUCUACUGGUCUGCGAGAUGAAAUUACUUGAUGGAUUUAUAAAAUGGUGGGCGCCUGACGGACACAAGAAUCGCGAUACUUUUAGGAUAAUGCGCGUUCUGAAAGAGUGGACCAAUACCACCAAGCUAUUCAUAGCAAAUGUCUAUGACGGCUCAGUGGAUGAAAAGAACACCACCAUAGAAUCAGACAGCGACGAUGAUGUCUGUUCCACUAUCAUGGCUAACGUCCGAGAAAGAGACGCCGACAAAUGUGUUAUUACAUCUCAGUCAACUUCUAUGCUUUGUGAUAUCUGUCCAGACCAUCUACUUCAAGAACUCAGUUUUCAUAAAUUUUGGGCGGAACUUUACGGAUGGUGGAAGAUUGAAACAGUAAAGAGAUGGAAGCAGCCAUUGUUUCCCAAUUUUCCACAUAUUGAGGCGGUAGAGACUAUCCAAAAUUAUAUCUCUUUGAGUCCGGUACUGCGAAAGUAUUGGGAAUGGGGGGACUUUGUGCUCCGACCCCAUCCAGACCAUAGGGAGCGUCUCAGGGAACUUAAGGUGCAAGUUUUCUGGCUAACUUUGCAGGAUCAUUGCUGGAGCGACAAAAUCUGUGUUUUCAGCAAGCCUCCUCGCAUUAGAAAGGGGACGACAGUAAAAUUGAUUGGGUUUGAAUCGGAAGAACUCAAGGAUUUGAAAUCUGGGGAUUGGAUCACUCUGACAACUCCUGAUCCGGAGAGACUGCCGCUGCCGAGCUGGGAUCUUCUAGAGUUCCGGUUUAUUAUGACGAUUUUUGCUCGAUUUGCGGGAAAGAUCGUGCCAGAAGAGGGAUGCAACCAGGAAAAAUGA